AUGUUCAAGUACAUACCGAUAUUUAAGGGAUGCAACCGGCAGAUCGAGUACGUCGACAACCGGCACUCGUCGCUGCCGAACGUGCCGGAGGAGAUCUUCCGCUAUUCGAACAGUCUGGAGGAGCUGCUGCUCGAUGCGAACCACAUCCGGGAUUUGCCGAAGGGAUUUUUUCGUCUAUAUCGGCUGCGGAAACUCGGACUGAGCGACAAUGACAUUAUCAAAAUUCCAUCCGACAUACAGAACUUUGUCAAUCUGGUCGAGCUGGACGUGUCACGCAAUGAAAUCGGCGACAUACCCGAGGACAUCAAGCAUCUCCGCAGCCUGCAGAUAGCCGAUUUCAGCUCGAACCCGAUCUCGCGGCUACCGGCCGGCUUUACCCAGCUGCGGAAUUUGACCGUGCUCGGUCUGAACGACAUGUCGCUCAUUUCGCUACCACAGGACUUUGGCUGUCUGUCCAAGCUGGUGUCGCUGGAGCUGCGCGAGAACCUGCUGAAGAACCUACCGGAGUCAAUUAGUCAGCUAACGAAGCUGGAGCGUCUGGAUCUGGGCGACAACGAAAUCGACGAGCUUCCGUCGCACCUCGGCUAUCUGCCGUCGCUGCAAGAGCUUUGGCUCGAUCACAACCAGCUGCUGCGGUUGCCGGCCGAGAUUGGGCUGCUGAAGAAGCUCGUCUGCCUGGACGUGUCGGAGAACCGGCUGGAGGAGCUGCCGGAAGAGAUCGGCGGGCUGGAGUGUUUGACCGAUCUGCAUCUGUCGCAGAACCUGCUCGAAACGCUCCCGAACGGCGUGUCCAAGCUGACCAACCUGUCGAUCCUGAAGCUGGACCAGAACCGGCUGCACACGCUGAACGACAGCAUCGGGUGCUGCGUGCACAUGCAGGAGCUGAUCCUGACGGAGAACUUCCUCAGCGAGCUGCCGUCCACCAUCGGCAACAUGCUGGCGCUGAACAAUUUGAACGUGGACCGGAACUCGCUGGUAGCGGUGCCGAAUGAGCUCGGCAACUGCCGGCAGCUCGGGGUGCUCAGCCUGCGGGAGAACAAGCUCACGCGGUUACCGUCCGAGCUGGGGAACUGUGGCGAGCUGCACGUGCUGGACGUGUCCGGGAAUUUGCUGCAGCAUCUCCCGUACUCGCUGGUCAAUCUGCAGCUGAAGGCAGUGUGGCUGUCCGAGAACCAAUCGCAACCGGUGCCAACCUUCCAGCCGGACGUGGACGAGGCGACGAACGAGCAGGUGCUGACGUGUUUCCUGCUGCCCCAGCAACGCUACGUCCCAUCGAACCCGAGCCAGCGCGAGGACACGGACUCGGAGAACUGGGAGGAACGGGAAGCGUCCCGCACACAUUCCGUCAAGUUCACGGAGGACUUCGGUGCGGACCGUGACACGCCGUUCGUGCGCCAGAACACGCCCCACCCGAAGGAGCUGAAGAUGAAGGCGCACAAGCUGUUUGCAAAGGAGCGCAAAUCGGACGAUCUGUCCGGUAAUUUGGACACACUGUCGGAGGAGUCUGCAUCCCGCCCUUCGCUGCUGAACCGGUCCGGGUACGGUGCGACCACGAUGGAGGACAUACAGGGUCACGCUAUACCGCACGACGAGGAGCAGGGCGGGGAAGCGGCAGCAAGUACGGAGGCGGGCAGUGUGCAGGACAAUGCGCUGGACGAGGAGGAUGAUGGGUACGAGAAGCGUGUCGGUUUCGAGGUGAACGAAGACGAAGAGGACGAUGCCGAGCGGCAACAGUACGCCGGCGAGGAUGGCGAUGGCAAGAAACCAAUCUCCAAACUACAUCGCAGAGAUACACCACAUCACCUGAAGAACAAACGGGUGCAUCAUACCAUCACCGAUAAAAACACGAACCUGAUGUUUACCUCGCUGAAGCUGAAGGAAAUGACACCGCCAAAGCUGGACGAGCAUCCCGUGCUGGUGCAGGUACCAUCAACUGCUGCCAGCAUCGCUGAAGACACACUCGACACGUACACCGCCCUGAAGGAGGAGCGGUUGGAGAUACACAUUGAGCGCACGUCUGCCGGGCUCGGGCUAAGCAUUGCCGGUGGACGCGGCUCGACACCGUUCAAGGGCGAUGACGAGGGUAUCUUUAUCUCGCGCGUCACCGAACGGGGCCCGGCAGAUCUGGCCGGCCUGAAGGUGGGCGACAAGGUGCUGAAGGUAAACGGAAUCUCGGUCGAGGAUGCGGACCAUUAUGAUGCGGUCGAGGUGUUGAAGGCAUGCGGUUCCGUGCUGGUAUUGUUUAUUUCCCGCGAGGUAACGCGCCUGAUCGGUCAUCCGGUGUUUGACGAUACGGGUUCGGUGGCACAAAUCAAUGUGGUCGAUCAGGAAUCGUUGAAGGCGAGCGGAGGCCCACCGCUGCUGGGCGCUCCGCUCGGCGUACCGACUGUUGUCGGUGACAGUGUGGGCGUCCCGCCGUAUAUGGGCGCCCUGUCCCCGAACACAGUCGGGCUGCCGAACGGUGGUGGUGGUGGUGUCGGUGUCGGCAGUAUGGAUAUGCCGAACGGUAACGAAAUAACGCAGAAGAUUAUCCUGCACACUACGCUGAUACGGGACCAGAUCGGACAGGGGUUAGGUUUCAGCAUCGCUGGCGGCAAGGGCCAUGCACCUUUUAAGGACGGUUCGGAAGGCAUCUACAUUUCCCGCCUGACCGAAAACGGAGUGGCACACAAGGAUGGCAAGAUAAUGGUGGGCGAUCGGGUGCUAGCGAUAAACGGAGUCGACAUUACGAACGCGCAUCACGAUUAUGCGGUACAGCUGCUUACCGAUCAUCAGCGUUUUGUACGCUUGGUGGUACAGCGUGAAGUGAAGGGACCGCUGGAAUCGCUCCAUAGUCCCCGCAGCCCUGUCGUUGGUCCGAAUCGCCCCGGCGCGUACAUGCCCAACCGACUUGCAUCCACCUAUACCGGUUACCGCCGUACGGCAGAGGACGGUCAAGACCCACAAAAUGCCCACCCACACCACCACCUAACCGAGUCCGCCAAAUCGCCCGACAGCGACCCGAAGGUGGUGGAUGAACAGCACACGCAAAAGGUAACUGGCGGGGCUAAUGCACUUUCACCUAGCUCCUCAUUUGCACCGCACACGCCAUCAGCCACACUGCUGCAGGGGCCAACGCAGGUGGAUGCUGCUAAGCAGCAGCAGCAGCCUCCCCUGCCUGCACCGCGUACAGUAUUAAUGCAAAACGUAAAUAACAAACACAGCACCGCUAACAGUAGCUCUGACGGCAGCAGUAACGGUGUGAUGCACAAGCCACAGGACCAUCAACCGUCCGAAUCGACGGCAACCAUCAAUAAUGGUGUGGUAGCGCAUGCUGCCACUAACGACGACUCGCAGGUUGCAGCGAGGCCCAUGACCAGCGCAGAUUUUCAGGCCAUGAUACCGUCUCACUUUAUCAGCGGCGGGCGGCAGGUAACCGUGGACAAGUCCGACCACGGUCCCUCGGUCACGGUGACGGUGCAGAAGGCCGUGCCGGACAUGCCGAUGUUGCCGCCGGCACCGACCGAGCUCGGUACCGUCACGGAAACGAUUACCAAGUCAACGUUCACUGAGACGGUAAUGACCAGGGUCACUGACAAUCGCUUAUUGGAACCACUAAUCAGCGAGGAGGUUAUCCUGCCGAAAGAUCAAGGAUCGCUUGGCUUCAGUAUUAUCGGUGGCACUGAUCAUUCCUGCACCCCAUUCGGGGCAAACGAGCCGGGCAUAUUUAUAUCGCACAUCGUGGCCGGCGGUAUAGCUGCCCUGUCCGGUAAGCUACGCAUGGGCGAUCGUAUCCUGAAGGUGAACGGAACUGAUGUGACGCAGGCCACUCACCAGGAGGCGGUGAUGGAGCUGCUUCGACCGUGCGACGAUAUCAAGCUAACCGUGCAGCACGAUCCGCUUCCGGCAGGCUUUCAGCAUUUUGAAAUAGUUGCAUUGAACACUGAGGAAGUAGACAUUGUCAAGCAGGAUGGUGAACGGCUUGGCAUGCAUAUCAAGGGUGGCCUAAACGGUCAGCGUGGUAACCCGCUGGACAACGCGGACGAGGGUGUUUUCAUCUCCAAAAUCAAUGCCAACGGCGCUGCCAAGCGUGACGGACGACUGCGCGUUGGCAUGCGCAUCCUGGAGGUGAACGGUCUGUCACUGCUAGGUGCGACACACCAGGAAGCGGUCGAUGCACUGCGCGCAUCCGGCAACAAGCUCCAUCUGGUCGUGUGCAAGGGCUACGAAAAAUCGGACCUCCUGCAUCUGACCGGCAGUGCGGGUGGUAUGAGCACCGGACUAAGCAACAAUGGCGAUAGUGCGAGAAUUGGGUCGCGUGCAUCUGAAACGGGUUCGGAGCUUAGCCAGAGCGUGUCCAGCCUCGAUCGAGACGAUUCGGUAAUCAUGGCCGAAACACACCGGAAGCUAAGCGUGGACAAGAUCGAUGAAGAGUCGCUGCCUGUGAAACCCACUGCCGACGAACCGAUCGACCAGCCCGAACCUACCUCCCAGGCUCUUAUCAGUGUCAAUCCAACCGAUCAACAGGUAGCGAUCGGUUCGAAGGAGAAAAGUACCCCCGAAAAGGUACUGGAUAUCGUACGUGCAGCCGAAUCGCUGGCGCUCGGUAGUCAGCUAGUCGAAAAUGGACCACCAAAAUCACCAACGGAGGUGACGUCCGAACCGCUGCAAAAAACGACCACUAUCGUGAUGUCCAAGCACACCCUCGAUACCCAGACACCUCAGAUCGAACGCCGCUACGGAAGUGUACGGUUGUUGUCGCAUGCGAACGAACCUCCCAACUCCUCAAUUAACUCCUCCACCACUGUAGCGAACCCCGCUGUCGAUACUAACUACAGCCAUCCGAAGGGUGUGCAGAAGAUUGUACGGCCCCAUCGACCACCGCCACCACCACCACCAACCACCGUAGCGUCGGCAGGUUCCCUCACCCACGGCGACCAAUCAGUAGUAGAGCCGGCCGACACCGGUACGGAUCAACCUCCGACAACUAAACCACCACCACCACCAACAACAGCAAAACCCGAAGCGAAAGAAAACGUCGUAGCGCACCGGAAAUCAGUUAGCUUCGAUCUACACGAGGAGACACACGGGUUCGAUGCGGCGCUCCAUCAUGCCCGGGCCGCAUUCGCGGGACCUUCGCCGACGCCCGAUCUCAAGGGUAUAUUGCGCGCGAGCAGUCCGUCGUCUUCCUCCACGAACCGGAGCAACAGCUCGACACCGGAAGUCGUGCAGCUACAGCAGCACCGUGUGCCGCCAGCGCCCAAGGUAAUGGUGGCGAACAUCGAUUCCGAUCCGGAUAUCGACUCCGACACCGAUUCCGACACCGACUCCGACACGGAUGCAUCGGACGAUGGACAGUCGCACGGUGAGCUGGAACCGUCGCAGGUGAACGAUCGUACCGGUGCGGCAGAGCAGAGCCAGAUUCGUCGGGCGGAAGUCGUGCGUAACCAAGCGGCCCGUAAACUGCACGAAGAGUUCGGGCAGGGCGAUCUGGUAGAGUACGAGCACGAUUCCGCGACGAACACGAUCCGGGAGGUGGUGGUAGGUGGUGUGACCGGACCGGUAAGACACCCCGAGCGGGUCGAGGUGCUUCCGGCCCGGUACGAAACGCUACCCAUCAAACGGACGGCACAGUUCGUGCACGAGAAUACACCGAACAACCUGCUCGUACCGGACGAGGUACACCGGCAGGUACUGCUGGAAGAGAACGAAGUGCGCAACAAGCUGCUGGCACAGUACGCACAGGAACAGCAACAUCAGCAACCGCAACAGCACCACCAACACCUCCACCAACAGCAGGUUUACACCAUGCACCACCACCACCAUACUGGCGAGGUGUUAGGCCGUGUGCCGUCCCCAUAUCUGUACGAUUCUGGGUCCGCCUCUGUGUCACCGCUACCGGCAUCGUCCCAGUACAUUCCGGGCAGUGUGUACGACCACCAUCACCAUCACCACCUCACCAAGCUGGCCGGUGCGCAGCCACCGCCCGACAUUGGUUACCAUCUGCCGCAGAUCUACCCGCCGGUACAGAUCCUGCCCGUACACUACACCAAACUGCCCACACCGCAGCACACCAUCUACACGUACGCGUCCGGCUCGGUACCGGUCAGCCACGCGCCGAUCGUCUCACUGGCAACAGGCAGCCAACCUUCCUUACCCUACACCACCGCACCCUACCAUCUACCGUACAGUGGCAUCCCGACGCGCGUAGGGACGUCCACCGUUGGUACAUACGUGUCUUCCGUACAUCACCCGUCCACGAUCACCGCCCCCGUACUGAUGCCGUCACCACCCCUAGGGCCGAAGACACCGAAAAGUGUGUCCGACAAGAAGCGAUUCUUCGAAAACGCCAUGGAAGAUCAGCAGAAACCGACACCGAAAUCAGAUAAAGUUUUCUCCUUUCUAUCCCAAGACGAGGUAGAAAAGCUGAGACAGGAAGAGGAGCGGAAAAUUGCGACGCUCGGCAAGGACCGGGUGCACCAACGUUUCGGUGCGGGCGACGAUGAGGAUGACGAUCGGUCGGAUGGGGGCGAUUGUCCGACCGGCGAUAAGUCGGACAUUAACGAUAAUAACAUGAGCGAGGAUCCGACGGGGCGCGACAGUACCGGCGAGGAGCAGAGGAUGGUUGGUGCGUUGCUGGCGGCGUCGUCACCACUCGUCAAAACGCCCAUGAGCCGCAUCCCGAUACGUACCGCGAAUGCAGAGAAGAGAGCCCGAGCCAGCAACUGUUUGCCGCCGGAGUACGACGAAUCCAAGCUGAGUCCGUCCGAGAUCCGCGCCCUACGGGCACAAAAACGAGCUGCAUGGCGUCAGGCGCGGCUAAAAUCGCUCGAAAACGAUGCGCUGCAGGCGCUGAUUAUGAUACAAACGAUGAGUGCCGCCGGGCAGCUAGACGAGUCGGCGAUGAAUGCGAGCAGCGCUAGCGAAGGUGUCGAUGGUGGUGCAGGUGAUUUGCCACUGGCGGCCGAACAGCCGGCUAGCAGCAGUAACGCAACGCCACCGUCACCGGCACAGUCACCACUGCCGUUUGAAGCAUCAUCGUCGCCCAACAGCAACGAUGAGCAGCUCGGUCGUGAACCGGUCAGUGACGACGGACACCACGAGGGACGCAGCAGCGAGGACGAUGGCGGUGACCGUUUGCAUCAGCGAUUUCCACGUCUCGCCGUCAAGUCGCGCCCGGGCAGCGAAAUCGUCGUGCGCGAAACGGAAAAGGUCGUGGAGGAGAAGGUGACACGCCGGACGGAGGAGGCACCGGGCGGUGGCGUCCGGACGGUAGAGUACAUUGAGAAGGUCAUCGAAACCGAGGUAGAAACGAUGCGCGAAAAGAUUAUUAUGUUCGAGCUGGAGGACUCGUCAUCCGGCGACAGUGAGCGUGACGGUGGAAAGAUGGACGUGAACAAUGGCGUCACCGAGCCGGACGGUCACCAUCACCGGUGGGUGGAUGAGAAUGAGAUGGAACAGCGGCGGGAGGUGGAAGCGGAAGAAGCGGUCGCGGAACCGGAACCGAUCCAGCUGCAAACGAUCGUCGAGGUGAUUAACCCGAUGUUGACCGGUGAUGGUCAGCCGAACGAUAUUGCGAUCGGACGCUACAGCGAUGUGGUGUACGGCGAGGAAGAUUCGCUCGUGGCAGCACCGCCAACGAACGCACCAGCCGAGUACGGUCGGUACGCGUACGAGCACGGAACGUACGAGUCGAUCAACGACAAGAUGAAGCACGUGCUGCGCGAGCUAAAGCAAAACGAGAAGGUUCGGCAAAAUCUCUCCAAAAGCCUUACGGAGGACGAAAUCAUUGCCCUGCAGGCGCAGGAAGCGGAAGAAGCGGAGGGUGCGGAGCUGGACGACGAGGAGGAAGAUGUGCCGGAACGGUACGAGGAGAAAACGGGCGCCAUCGGGACGGUGUUUAUGGUGCGCGAGCGACUGAUCAACGAUUUCUACACCCACCAGAGCGAACUGGCACAGGAGCAGCAGCAGCAGCAACGAAAGUACCAGCAGAAGCUGCUAGACGACAACGUGUCGUCGGCGUAUCGUGACUGCGAGGUCAUCACGAACCCGAACGCGGAACGGUUUUCGCCCGCAUUCGAUAACCAUUCCGGGCCGGGGCAACUGUACCAUCAGACGCUGCACUCGGAAAAGCUUAAGGCGGUGUUCGGCAGUGACGACGAUGAUGACGAUGACGAUGAAAAGGAGGGGGAGGACGACGAGGUGGACGAUCAGCGAAACGGUAAUGUUGCUGUCGGUACGGUCGAGCCAGUGACGGUGCGUGAUAGUGCCGCUGCCGGUGGUGAGGAUGAGGACGACGACGAGGGAGAAGAGGAAAACGUACCGAACCGCGUUACUGGCCAAACGACCAACGGGUCGAGCGAAACCACCACAAUCACCACCACCAACAAUACCGUCCCUUCGGCAACGAACCUCACGACCGGUGGGGCCAGCAACAAGCGCAAGAAGCGAAAGGGCAAAAAGAAAAAGUAA